UCUCUCUCUAACUUUCUCUCUCAAGCUUUCUUUUCUGCAUUUGCUCUCUCUCUCUCUCUCUCUCUCUCUCUCUCCGAGUGUGCAAUUCUUGUUGUGAUUCGGAUUCUCUUAUGUUCUUUGCGUUUGCACCUCCCAAUUUUUCAAUCUUUGUGUCUGUCCCAUUCCUUCCUCCUGCUCUUAUCUCACCUCCCUCCCUUUUCCUUUUCAACAUCACACUCAUUCACUCCCUCCCCCCUUCUCUCUCUCUCUCUCUCUCUGUAACCCCUACAUUUUCUUUUUCAGUAUCUGCUCUUGCUCUGUUCCCUCUAACUCACCAGCAGCAUUCUCCGUCUCCCUCUGCUUUGAUUCGAAUAUCCCUCCCAAAAGGAGCAACCCAUGAAGAAGCUCGUGGUGAAAUUGGAUUUGCACGAUGGCAAAGCUAAGCAGAAGGCCCUUAAGACCGUUGCCUCCCUUCAAGGAAUCGAUUCUCUUUCGAUGGACAUGAAGGAGAAGAAGCUGACAGUGAUCGGGGCAGUAGAUCCGGUCAGCGUGGUGAGCAAGCUGCGCAAGUAUUGGCAAACGGACAUAAUCACGGUGGGCCCCGCGAAAGAGCCGGAGAAGGAGAAGAAGGAAGAGCCGAAGAAGGAAGAAGGCCAGGCCAAGAAGGAAGAAGGCCCCAAAGAAGAGGCAAAGAAGGAAGAGCAGCCGCAGCAGGAGGGGCAGAAACCCGGCGAGGAACCGAAGAAAGACGAAGAAGCCAAGAAAGACGAGCCGAAGAAGGAAGAGCAGCAGGCCAAGAAGGAGGAAGAGCCCAAGAAGCCUCAGCCUCUCCCGUUGCCACAGCCCGACCCCGUCCUCGAGCUAGUCAGGGCUUACCGAGCGUCCUACCCGCAGAUGACUCCCUAUCACCAGCAGAUGACUCCCUAUUACUACGUCCAGAGCAUGGAGGAGAACCCGAACGCCUGCGUUAUUUGUUAAAGUCGGGAUCGUGCUUUGUCGAGAACUCGAACCGGAUCGGACCUCUCCUGUAACAAGAGCCGGAUCAGACGAGGGAAGACCUAGAAAGGGCUCUUCGUAAUAUGUACAUAUUUGGUGGGGGUGGUUCAUUGAUCUCUUUCUUCGACCGUUUGGAGUAUUUACGAAAAAACUGUAGAGGCUCGAGUUUUCUGUAAUUUUGGUAUUUUAUUAUAAUGAGCUAUAUAUAAUAACAAUAGUAAUAAUAAUAUAAGAAAAUAAUGAAUUUUGUGCA